GGGCAAGUUGUCAACGAAGGCGGCUGUUGCUUAUGUACAAUCAAGCUAUUAUUUUUGAGUAACCCGAGUAACCAUAAACUAAAAUCGGUGGUAAAAUCACAAUUCCGGACAGAAAUAUGUAAAGUGCGAAAUGGCGGGUUUUAGGGAUCUGGACAAAGCGCUAUUUCCCAUAAAACACAUCAGUGCUGUUGUUAAGUUGUUUCGAAACCAACUGGAAGACACCAACGAGCCGGACUUGGCCCUACUGUCGAUUGUAACCGGCCUGAUUGAAAAUCAGCUUACAAGCCGGUCGAACGCGGGACAACUAAUUGACUCGCCGGAAAUAACAGUUUUACCCCGUUUCGAGCUGGAAACGGUGGAAAACUUGUACAGAAAGUUCAAAAUCGUCAUUACCGGGUCCGUGGAGCCGAACAAAGCUAAAACAUAUGCGACCAGAGAUCUGGUGAAGCGCGUUUCCGAUGUGAUCUGGAAUAGUCUUACCAGAUCCUACUAUAAAGACAGGGCGCACCUGCAAAGCUUAUAUAGCUACUUGACUGGCAGCAAAUUGGACUGUUUUGGGGUGGCUUUUGCUGUUGUAGCGGGCUGCCAAGUACUGGGCUAUGAUGAUGUUCAUCUGGCUCUAUCUGAGGACCAUGCCUGGGUCGUGUUUGGGCCCCACGGCUCAGAAACAGCCGAAGUGACUUGGCAUGGCAAAGGCAAUGAGGACAAAAGGGGCCAAGAGAUAGGCAAAGGAGACUCAGCUCGCUCUUGGCUCUACGUGAACAACAAGCCUGUAGUAUGCACCAGGCAAAUGGAAGUGGCUGCUUUGGUGUCAGCGAUAAAUCCCUCUCUCAAUGCCAGUGUGGAUGCCACUGAAGUGGCUCUGUUGCAGCAGGAGCUGUUAUGGCUGCUGUAUGACUUGGGACACCUCAAGAAGUAUCCUAUGGCUAUUGGCAACUUGGGAGAUUUGGAAGAAAUUUCGCCCAAAAGGCCGGGAAUCGCUUGCAGUGCUCUCUUUGAAGAGGCAAUAGAUGCAGCACGUCGAUUCUACAACAACCAGCAUGUUUAUCCCUACACCUAUCAGGGCGGUUACUAUUUUAGAAACAAGAAAUACAAGGAGGCGUUUGAAAGUUGGGCAAAUGCCAGCGAUGUGAUCCGAUUAUACAACUACUCGAGGGACGACGAGGAGAUUUAUAAGGAAUUUCUCGAAAUAGCCAACGAGCACAUUCCCUAUAUAAUGAAGAUUGAGAGCUCGGGCUUUGAAGCGAACACAAUCCUGAAAAAAUCCGAGUGUUUUGCCAAUCUACUCAAGUUCUACGAUGGGAUUUGUCAAUGGGAAGAGGGCAGCGCCACUCCAGUGCUUCAUAUUGGGUGGGCGAAGCCCCUAGUAAACACCAUAUCGAAAUUCGAUGCUGAUGUUAGGGCGCAGGUGCACAUCGUGUGCGAUAACAUGGAGGAGAAACUGUCGAAGAAAAAUGGCUCCAUAUUCAACAACAACAACAAUAACAACUAUGAAAAAGAGCAUCAAGCCACCAUCAGCAAGUCAAACAAUAAGGACCAAACUACCUCGCACUUUUACCCCACCAUUGAGGCUCUAACUGCCGCUUGUUCGGAAAAAAUCCUGAAUCCUGAAUACCUGCUACAAGGCGAUGGGUCGCCGUUUGUUGGGCCCAGUCAUCAAGAGCAUAUAAAAAUAAAAAUUGAGAAAACGGAAGAGACUGAGGAUGGAAUGGAAAUGCUCCAACCGGAAAUCGAUAUCAAACCCCAAUUGGAUAUCAAGCAAGAGGACUUGGGUGGUGAAAGUACCAUUCCCGUGGUGACAAAGAAGGAGGAAGAGAAGGAGAACGGCAAACCUGGAACGUCCAAGUCGCCCGACUUUAUCACCAAACACGAGGACUAUGAGGAGGAGUUGAGAAAAAAUCGGCCCACUGUUGUGCUGCACAGUCAAAAGAUGAAGGAACUCAAAGAUCUUUUGUUGGCAGAGAAACUGAACACGCACGCCAUUUCUUUGCAUUUAACCGCCCAAUCUCAGGUACAAGUGGGUAAAAGGGGUAAAAGCGAUUCGACGGACACUUCGAAUAGGCCAAAGCGCACCAGACGAGACUAAACGGGCCUCAAUCAAAACCUAAAUUGCAACCAGACGCUUAAAAGUGAGUACUUAAGUAUGAAUUUAAGGGCAUUAAACAAUCGUAUAAUGCAAUAACAGUUUCUUAAGUUGAUUUACACAUGCAACACGUUAAACUGGAAUUUGAAGUUUAGUUGAAACGAUUUGUUGCAUUGUUGUACACCGAGCACUUUAGUUAUUAAGUCAGCUUGCCAUUAUUAACAGUAGCUUUUAAAUUAGAAUUAAUUGAAAACGUGAGCAGUAUUACUACUUGGAAGAAAACUGAUCAAUUUCCGGUGAUUUUACGUUUAAUUUUAGCAUUUGUUAGGUGUCCAGGAAGCUUUGGCUUCUCCUUAUAGCUUUAAUCAGAUGUGAGCAUUUUUUCUCAGGCAUUGAUUAGAGAUGCGAAUAACGCACUAGACUCUAUCUAAGUCUCUAAUCGAUUAUUACAUUGUUAACAUUCCUAUUUGUGAUUGUUUCACGAGUGUUUAGCUUUAAGUUUGUUGACACUUUUUUGUACAAAGACAUAUUUACUCGUUAUGUUAGUCUUGUCUAUUUAUUUAACUGCUUACAUUAUGUUAGUCGCACAUCACUUGCAAUAUUAUUUAUUUCAUUUUCACUCACUCAGUGAUUUGAGCAUUGAAUGUCGCAAUCAAAAUGUAUAUGUGUAUGUUGAAUUUUUUGCGAAACAGCGCAUUUGAGUAGCUGUUUUAAACGAAUAUUGACAAAAUAAACAGUCUAUUGAAUUGCUUGUUGAUUUGUGCAUGCAAGAGCUCAACAUUCGAAUGGCUACUUGAACACUUGAUUGUAUUGUUAUGUACAUGUUGUAGAAUUCAGUGCAAUUAUUUCUGUCAGACGUUAAAGAAAAAUCGAAAAGUGAAGGAAGAUAGACUUUUGAGGCCAUUCUUUGAAACUAGUGAGUUUUUAGGCCGUCGUAAAAUGGCAUUUCGGCUGGUUCAAGCAAGCCACUCGUGCUUGCGAAACGUCAGGAAGAAAUUCCAUUUUACAACGGCCUAAAAACCCACUAGCUUCAAAAAUCAAAAAGGUUACAAUUUGGGCGGACAUUGCUUGAAAUAGGUGAAGUUUUCGGGCUUUUAAGUCAAAAAGUGGUUGGUUUUAAUGUCAAUAAUUUACUUCUGCAUAAGCUUUUUUGAGCCGCAUAUUAUAACAAUUUUCGGGUGUGCUUUCUUUAUUAUAUGUAUGAACAUAUGGAGGCGCGCAUUUUCCGGUUGCUUGCCGCUGACGAAUCGCGCUCUACACCCCAAUUUGGCUCCUGCCCAGUGAUCUUUUUAGUAAGGAGUCUGCGAAAAUUUACUGCUUUUACACUACAAUAUUUUAUCCAGAAUAUCAAUAUUGAAUCCACUAUUCCUCGUAGUUGAAUUUCGCGAGCGCGAUUUUUUGCUACUCCCGAAUCCCCCCCAUUGACGUUCUCCUCAGCUGCAUCUGAAUAUCCGAAGAGAAAAGAUCGUGUUCCGUUGCAUUUUCUUUGAGGAUAUCCAUGUUGGGUAAAAUCAGGUUUGGCAAAAACUGAUCAAUAAGCAGGUUUAGAUAGUUUUACACUUGUUUGCUUCAGUUCUGAACAUCAAGAAGACGCACGAUUUGGCCCUAAAAGCCCGAUAAACUCACCUGUUUAAGGUCAAUUGCUCCAAAAUCCACUUAGAUCACGUUUCUGCUAUGGGUCUAUUAAUUGAUUUUCAUUGUACUUUAUCACUUUGUGUUGUUUAAACCAAUCUAUUUCUAACCAAUUCUAUUAGAGAUUAAACUUUAAGAAUAGUAUCACCAAUAGGGUUUAGAGUGAAUAUCACCAAUGUAGCUUAUAACGCAUUGAAGACGAAAACUAGAAUCUUCAAUCGUCUAUUAUAGGUCAUCUUCAAUGGAACAUUGUUGAUCCUUAGGGUUUACAGUCGUAUAGAGAAAAAGCUGAUUUUAUUUUUAUAUAUUUGGUAUUUGAUAUUUAUUGUACAAAAAUUAAUCUAAUUGUGAAGUGGUACGAUAAUAUCGGCAAAUGUCUAAAAUCUGUUAAAAUAUAAUGCAGUUUUAAAAUUACCUACAGUUUACCCAAAUCAUAAACACAUUGAUCCCCCUAAAUGAAUGUGCCAUUUCGCUGAUUUCACUUAGUAAAAGAUUCACAUUUGCACUGUUUUCGAUUGAAAAACCACAUCAGAAUUAUUUACAUUCACCGCUGGGAAGUUUCAGCCUAAAAUUGUUUAAAUAGUUUCGAAUUUAUACAGAGUGGCUCCAACUUGAGUGGCAACUUUACCAGUACAUAAAAGUGGACAACUGAACUUUUAUAGAAUUCACCAACGUGUAUUUGAAAUUAUUUACUUACAAGUCAAGUGGCUUUCAAUUUAAUACAUUUUUAUCCAUGUAAAUAAAAAAUCUAUUGAUUGAAUUGAUUGAUAAAUAAAACGCAGCAAAUUUUCCUAUGCAAUCUGCAUAGGAUUUCUAUGCAACUCUAGGCAACUAAGCUUAUCAAUCAGAAUUCUUGUUUCUUCAUUGUACGGAAGUUUGAUUCGUUGUGUAAUUUUAUAUUCUGCUUGUCUGUCUGUUUUAACCAUUUACUGUCCAUAAUCCUGCAUAAUGCGCGCAGUUUUGUGAACUAAGUUAUUCGCAAAGGAAAUAAAUGAAAGUACAUGUUUCCCAAGUUUACGCCUCGAAAAAAGACCUAAACUGGCCAAUCAUUGGCCAAAAACCUGCUUGAUCAAGGUUCGAAUUGAAAGAGAUUUCAGGGUUGUUCUCCAGAAAUACAUGAGUAUUAUUGUUAUAAAAUGCGAUUUUGCAGUAAAACGGCCCACUUUUGUGCAUAUAACUGCCACUUUUAGGUGGAUGGUUUCAAAGUCUCAUUUUCUCCAAUGGCGUUAAAAUUACGGACAUAAUUGAAUAGAAAUAGAAUAUCGUCGAAAAACUAUCAGGAUUUUAAAGUUAUGCCACUAAAGUCUGGGUCACCCGGUAUUGUAGUCUGUGAUGAAUAUAAAGGGUGACUAAUGUAUUUAUUCUAUUUUGUAGUUGUUAGAUGGAUAUUUUUGUAAAGGAAAAGUUAUGAAACAAAAAACGGACAACUUCCAUUUUCAAGGGUUUUUAUUGGGGAAAAGUGAUACCGGUCUAGACUGGGCGGAAUUUGAGCUAGAAAUCGCACAAAUUUCGCAUAGUCAAGCUGCAAAGACGGACUGGCAACAUGGAGCGGUUUUCUAAUGGUUAUUCUAUUUGCUUAGUUUCCCAUGUUGUCCUCUUAACAAAUACUGAAUGUACAAACUUGAUACUGUUAUUUAAAGCUGUUUACCUGUGUAUACCUUUAGAAGUUUAAUCCAAACUCCUUAAGCCACAAAUAAAUAAUUAAAGCAGAA